AUGCGAUCGCAGAUCCAGUGGAAGCCGUGUAUACACUAUUUAGCAUGUGAGCUCUCAACCAAAGAGGAUACGCGGAUGAUCAGCGCCAUUCUGACCCAGAGUCUGACCCUGCAUUCCCGUGUUCUGCGCAGGGAUACUCUGCGGCUACUUGCUCUAUUCUAGCCACUCGUCGUCGCGCUCCUCGCAGGUCGAGACUCCAAUAACAUGUCCGCAAAGCGAAGCGGGGCUACCUAGUGCUGUCGAGCGCCAGAGGGAAGAGAAUGAAGCGACAUUGGCGAAGAACUCGCUCGUCGAAAGCCUUCUCACCGUUCCGGCCGAAGAACUCGGGACGAUCGCCAUCUGUGCCAGCAUCCACAACGAGGCUCGAUUCAUCAAUGAAUGGCUCCUUUACGUGAGUUCUCGCCCAUACUGUGCAUUCGACACGGCUCCAAUCUAAUUCUUGGCUGGGUUCUGCCCAUCCUCAGAAUCGCGCCAUGGGAGUCGAUAGGUUCUAUUUGUCAGGCUAAAGAAUAGAAUCUUCCCAGUGUAACGGGGCCACAGAGCUGACACAGAAAGUGAACGGCUACACAGGUACGAUACAGGAUCGACGGAUAAUACUAUGGAAAUGCUCAAGCCCUGGAUUGCCACGGGGACCGUGCACCUGCACGUGUGGAAUAAGAGUUGGUCUUUCAGCUCGGCUCUCUGCCGAGAAUGGACUGACGACUCUUUUCUGAUCGCGAAACAUUCGUCGUUCACGUACCAAUAUAGAUCAAGGCGGGAACUUUCAAAUCAACUCACUCGAGCACUGCAGUCAAUACCACGCUACCAAGACGCAGUGGAUCCUUGAUUGCGAUGUGGACGAGUUUUACGUACCUACCCCCGUCUUGACUGGCUCGCCGAAUCGAGCCUUACGGAUCGACGAGAUGCCGGAAGCCCCGCUACGGUCAAUGCUCGCAAGCAACUGGCUCUAUCAGAACGCCGACGCUGUGGUCGUAUCGCGCGUCACAUGGAAGAACGCAGGCGUGGACCGACUGCCUGAGGACGGUUCUGUACUCAAACACCAAACACUCCGGUACGUCAGCCCCAAAAUGUCUCGUUUGCAGCACCUGACGGCGAGUGUUAACAGUCUCUUUGCGUUCCUUUCGUCUUAUUUCAUGCCGUUUUUAGCGAUAUCUACCACAAUACCCACUACGAGAAGCUCGAAUUUACAAAGGUGCGUGCCAGGGAUGAGAUGCUGCCAAGUUCGACGCCAGCUAAAUUAUUUAUUCGGCUACAGACCCUCAUUCAUACGCGUGGCAAGCAGGGAUGGGUUCUGCCGGGUGCCCACUUGGUUCGACACGAUAACGUACCCCGGUCCAGAGCCAAAAUCAUCACCGUGAAUGGACAUCCAGUGACCCUCAUGGACAAUUCCGAAAAGCCUACCCCAGUCGGCACGUUCUUUGAUGGAAGACACCCGACACGGGCGUUCGAACCCUUGGUCAUGUACCAUUACAUAGGGCGAGGUAAGCUGGUUCGAUUGGGCUCCGCACGCGGCCCCCGCUGACUCUACUGCGCCUACUUCUCGUAGAUCUCGAGGCAAGUAACUACUCGUCUGGUCCAGUUGGUGCACAUGAACUCGACAAAACUGACGUCACAGUAAUCUUCACCCUCAUCGUGCCCCACAGAACUGUCUACAAAAGUUUGCAAAUGCGCAAAAGGUCCGGAAAGGUGGAUGGCGCGAUCAAGCUGGCGCAGAGGGUUGUAAAGUGUUCGUGCAUUUACGUAUACGAGUGGUCGCUGUGUCCUGUCAAAAGCUGACCUGGGCAUCAUCUACAGGUUGGAUGUAUAUCAGAAAGAUCUUUCCUGGCGUCCUAUCCAUGAACCAAACGGGUUCUGUGAGUCUGAUUGCCAAGCAUUGCUGAGCCCCGACACCAAGCUUCGUGAGAGGCGACUGACCCCUGUACUUGUUUGGUCCAUCUUCCUCCUCGCGCAUAACAGAUGCUGCAGCCGUGCAAGAUAAUGGCAUGGCGAACAGUUGGUAUGGUCAACAUAUGGAGUCGCUGAUACGAAUCGUCAACGACAUGGCCAAAGCCGACCAGGAGCCGGUGCGGGCAGAGAAGGUCGAUCCUCACCCUAGCAUGGUGGAGUUCUGGCUCAAGAAUGGGAUGAAUCCCGACAAUGGGCUGCCUUUAUAA